AUGUCUCAGCAUUUAGUCAAUGAAAACAGUAAAUACAUUUUGGAUUUAUUUUCAGAACAGACUGUAGACCAACAAACACUAGAUUCGAUAUGUACCCAGGUACAGAAGAAGUUUCCAAAAUCAGACCACUUCAAUUUAUGUCUCCUCCUGUCAUCACUAAUAACAGGUGGGGACCUCUCCUUACCGGGUCAACGAGUGGUGGCUUUGGCCAUCCUUUUUGAUAUCUACAAAUUGGACAAUCCCUUUGCAUCACUAUUCCUCCACCUGCUGGAAGGGAAGGCUGGUCUCCUUCCCUUAACUCCGCAGGAAAGACUGCUAAUUGGACAGCUGCAUGGAUUCCUACCUGUUAAUAUUAAAGAUGUCAUGAAGAAGUCAGCAAAACAGGUAAUGCUGACGGAGGUGUCUCCAAAGGACCUGGAGUUUGAUUACUCCUCACUACAGACUCUAGUUGCGGAGAGGGUCGCAGACAUGAGCUCGAUGGCGAGAGCGGCGGCGCCGGCGCUGAUACCGCUCAGUGACGGGAGUCCACCAAACCGUAUGGCAAUGAAGGAACUUUUGGAGAACCUGAUAUCUAACGACUACAUGCCCCUGCAUCGCACACUGAAGGCAUCAGGACCUAUUCCACUACCAACCUUCUUGAUGGACACAGCAGAAAUUACUGCUGACAAGGCGGUAUGGAAGUGUCUGGUAAAUCGUGGAGCGUACAUCCCGCUGUACGAUACUGACUACGAGGGGCUCGUGGGGCUCCGACCUGAGAAGCUGGACAGGAGACAGCACACCACUCAACCACAUAAACCCAAACAGGAGGAGAAAAAAGAGAAAUCAGAAGAGAAGAAAGUGGAAGAGAAAGAAGGAGUGAAGGUAGUAGCGGAGGCGAAGGAGCUGACGGCGCUGGCGCUGCGCGGCGCCCUCAGCGUGCCUCACCAGCAGAGGCUGCUCGCGCUGCUCGACCAUGACCCCAACGUCGUCUACGAUAUUGGGAUCACGCCCAACCAGUUACCUGAGCUGGUGGAGAACAACCCGAUGGUGGCGAUAUCAGUGUUACUCAAGCUGAUCCACUCACAACACAUCACCGAGUACUUCAGUGUACUCGUCAACAUGGAGAUGUCGCUGCACUCCAUGGAGGUUGUAAACAGAUUGACGACAUCAGUGGACUUGCCGGUGGAGUUUGUCCACUUGUAUAUAAGCAACUGUAUAUCGACGUGUGAGACUAUACGGGACCGGUACAUGCAGAACCGGCUCGUGAGACUCGUCUGCGUCUUCCUCCAGUCUCUCAUUAGGAACAAGAUUAUUAAUGUUAAGGAAUUAUUUAUUGAAGUGGAAGCGUUCUGCGUGGAAUUCUCUCGCAUCAGAGAGGCUGCGGCGCUGUUCCGGCUGCUGAAACAACUCGAUUCAGGGGACGGACUGGCGCACAAGGACGCCAAGGAUAACUAG